AUGCGGACGUCGCAUCUCCUGGAGGCCUCGGCGUAUUUGACGAAGCAGCACGCCUUGCGCGCACCGUUUUACAUCAAAGCGGCCCGGAAGAGUUUCCAAAAGGGCCUCAAACAGCAGCAGGGCAUUGACAAAUCGAAUUCAGAUCCCUUCAUCAAGCAGCAUGAAGGUCAGCUUCAGGUACUGGGCGCUUUGGAUUUGGCGCCUGAGAAUCCCGAGAUUUGGCUUGAAGCCGCCAAGGUCUCGCUGUCCCUGGCCUCGCUGGGCGAGAGCGAAGGAGAGGUGCAACAUGCGCUUGCCAUGUUCGCCCGUGCGGCGAAGUUGGAUGGGACAAAACUGCAAGCUGCGCUCGCAUGGCUCGGAAGAAAGGAGGCUGAAAAGGAGACGCGAGAAGAGAAGCAGCUCCGGAAACUGGUGCGGGGCCAGGUGAAGAAGUGGAAUGAAAGUCAGGUGCCAGACAUCCCGAUCACCUUUGUUUCAACAUUGAAGGACGGUAUUUGCUUUGGGAAGAGUUCGGGUGUGAAAAGGAAACAACCAGAGGAGGUGACAAAGAUUGUGGAUAGCUUGCAGGUGAGAAACGUCUUUCCGACAAAGGUGCUUUCGGUGAACGUGCUCUCCCUGCUUCCCGAGGGCUUUACGAAACGCCUUGCUGAUUUGGCGGUACAGAAGUAUCAACAGUUCAGCAAAAAGUUUCCCGACAUUGACCCCAACGACCUCAACGACAAAUUUUUUGGCUUCCAGUCAACCACGGCUGAUCGCUUGGACGCGGGCGACAUCCAAAAGUGGCCGGAAAUGUACCGUGACUCAGAGGACUUCAAGAUUCUGACAAGAGUCAUGAAAGGUGCAUUGGAAGGUUUUCUGGAUCGCACUGGUGCACCGCUGCCCAGACAGGCAGGUGACUAUGGACUUGUUCUAUGGGCUGCCGUGUAUCCUGGCAACGGUGGACGACAUGGGUACCAUGUUCACCAGGGUUCCGCCAGCAGCUGCGUGCUCUAUGCGAGGGUAGCAGGUGCCUCCACCCCCAUCAGCUUCAUUGACCCCCGUGGUGCGCCACCAGUGGAGGACUACGAGCAGUACGAGAAGGAGCCUGAAAGGGACUUCGAGCCUAAAGCGCCUUUUCACCACAACGAGUACUUUUUUCCUCGUGAAGGAGAUCUGGUCUGUUUCCCCUCGUGGUUGGUGCACAACGUGCCUUCCCACUGGGAAUCUGAAACCCGCGUGGCCUUUGCGGCGAAUCUGCAAGGCCAGGGCGCUUGGGACAGCUGGUUCCACACCUCCACUGCCUGGACCUAG